CGCGUGACCGGAAGUGACGGCGCCGCUCCGGCGUAGCAACCGUUACCAAGGGCCCGGUAACUAAGCGAAGAGGGCGUCGAGUGGGGGCGGCCUGUGGCGGGGGCUCAGAAUCGUUCCCCAGGACUCGGCCAUGAGCGAUCAACUCAAAUUCAUCGUUGAGAAGCUCAAUCAGGAGCCUUUCAAGAAGAACUAUAAUUUAAUCACGUUUGAUUCGUUGGAGUCGAUGCAGCUCUUGCAGCUGCUCAAUGACGUCUUGGGGGAAAUUGACCCGAAGCAUGUUGUUGACAUUAGAGAGGAGAUGCCAGAUCAAACGACUAAGCGAAUGUUGAGUCUUCUAGGUAUUCUUAAAUACAAGCCUCCAGGAAGUAUUACAGACUUGAGUACAUUCCGCCAGGGUUUAGUUACUGGAAGCAAGCCUGUAAUUCAUCCAGUCUUACACUGGCUUCUUCAGAGGACCAACGAACUCAAGAAAAGAGCCUACCUGGCACGUUUCUUAAUAAAAUUGGAAGUGCCCAUUGAGUUCCUUCAGGAUGAUACUGUGGCUGACACCAACAAACAGUAUGAAGAACUGAUGGAAGCAUUUAAAAACCUACAUAAGGAAUGUGAGCAGCUGAAGGCAUCUGGUUUUUCCACAGCAGAAAUAAGAAGGGAUAUCACUGCAAUGGAAGAGGAGAAGGAUCAGCUCAUCAAGAGAGUGGAGCGUCUUAAGAAGAGGGUGGAGACAGUGCAAAACCAUCAACGAAUGCUUGAAAUAGCAAGACAGCUUCGCUUAGAGAAAGAGAGAGAAGAAUCUCUGGUCCAACAGAAACAAGAACAAAAGAAUCAGCUGUUCCAUGCAGAGCAGAGGCUGCAAAGAGUGCAGCUCCAGCUGAAAGCUAUGCAUCAUGCAGUAGCGGAUUCAAAGCCUGAGAGCUUAGUGAAGAAGUUGGAAGCAGAGAUAAAGCUUAAUUCAUUCUUGGUCAAUGAAGAAAUUCCUAGAGAUCUGGAAACUAAGAAGCAAUCAUUAUAUUUCCUACAAAAAGUGGUUGCAGAGCCAGCUAUGAGCCAAUCUGAUCUCAAUGAACUUGAAACCAAGAUAGAUGAAGUCAACGCACAAAUUAAUCAGCUGAUUGAAAAGAGAAUGAUUAAAUAUGAGCCAAUUGAUAGCAGGUUUUCAAUGUAUCGACAACAGGCAUCCAUAAUUUCUCGGAAGAAAGAAGCCAAAGCAGAAGAGCUCCAAGCUGCCAAGGAAGAGAUGUCGAACAUCGAGAGGCAAAUGUUACAAAAGGCAAAUGAGGCCCGUGAGUUGGAAGGCACUGAAAUUUUGAAAGGUGAUGAGUUUAAACGCUAUGUUAGUAAGCUUCGAAGCAAGAACACGCUUUACAAAAAGAAGCGUCAAGAAAUAGCAGAAAUUACAGCGGAGUACGGCAUUCUGCAGAGAACGGAAGAACUCCUUAAACAGCGCCAUGAUGCUAUUCAGCAGCAGUUGCAAGCAAUUGAAGACAAGAAGGGGAUCUCUGGGUACAGUUAUACUCAAGAGGAGUUGGAAAGAGUAUCUGCAGUAAAAAGCGAGAUGGAUGAAAUGAAGGGGCGAACAUUAGAUAACAUGUCUGAAAUGGUAAAAAAAUUGAAUGCAACGGUAGCAGAAAAGAAGUCAAGCCUGGCUCCAGUUGUCAAAGAAUUGAGACAGUUGCGGCAGAAGUGCCAGGAAUUAACUCAAGAAUGUGAUGAAAAAAAAGUCCAAUAUGACAGCUGUGCAGCAGGUUUAGAAAGCAACCGCUCCACACUGGAACAAGAAGUCAGAGGGCUUCGUCAAGAGUCUAUUCAGGAAGAAAGUGGCUAUCAUUUUAUUAACUGCGCCAAACAGAACCUAGAAGUGCAGCUUCAGCGUGCAAAAGAUGAAAUGAAGAUGUACAUCUCCCCAGAUCCCCAGGAAAGAAGAAAAGCAAUUAGAGAACAAUACACCCGAAUGAUCCUUGAACAAGAGAACCUCGGGAAGAAAUUACGAGAGAAACAAAAAGCUGUGCGUGAGAGUCACGGUCCAAAUAUGAAGCAAGUUAAAAUGUGGCGGGAUGUGGAGCAGCUCAUGGAGUGUAAGAGAGAAUGUUUUCUAAAGCAACAAAAUCAAACUUCUAUUGGUCAAGUCAUUCAGGAAGGAGGAGAGGAUAGGCUGGUAUUAUGAAAUCAUUUAAAAUCUGGGCAUCUUAAGUAGUUUUGCUGUUGAUUGUUGGGUUUUUAUACAGUUUCUCUAUAAAUGAAUUGUAAAUAUUUUGUUUUCAGUGGGUAAUCUAAGGGUGAAGUCAACCAGCAUGCAAACAGCAUUAUUUAACAGCCAAGGUAAUAGCUUACAUCAGCGAGGGCCAGUCUUUUUGGUAGGUUUGCCAUGAAUUGGCCCCAGAUCCUUCCCAAGUGCCACUCUGAUCCCCUUCCCCUGCUCCAUCUGCUGCUCUGCUUUCUGCUCCUUCCUCUGUGCUCCCUGCCCCAUCUGCUGCUCUGCCUUCUGCUCUGUACUGUGUGCUCCCAACCCCCUCUACCACUGUGUUGCCUGUUGUGACACGGAUCUGCCACGUGCCACAAUGAGCUGCCUGUGCCGCUUGUGUCACCCAUGCUGCAUGUUGGUCACCCCUAACUGACAUGGUAUGGAGAGUGUUGAGUGAGCCUUUUGCAGUGCAGUGAAUGCUGUUGUAAAGCCUUAUUUCUCCCAUUAGGUAGGGGCUGGGUAUCUCCACAGAAAGACCAAGAGAAAAAGGAAUCUCUUUCCAAGGCCAUGCAGAUCUGUGGAGCUACUUUGCACCUGCUCUUGUGGCCCUAACACUACAGAUUUGGCACUUGCUGGGUGCAUGCAUGAUACAUAACUGUAUAACUGUGGGCCUUCUGACUCCUGGGUGGGUGCUUUUCUUCCUCACUCCGUCCCUGUUCAUGCAGUGGGUGCUGGCAUGCACGGAACCAGAGCAGAUCUGAGCUCCAUGCCAUGCAAGAGCUCUACAAACGCUGUAUGCUUCACCUCAGCUCAGCUCUCUCCUUACUCAGAUGACUUCAACUGACAUUCCUCCCAGAAGUCUUUCCAUUGUUACAGGGGCAGGAAUGGGAUUUGAGAACAAUUACUGAUAUUCCGAUCCUCCCACUAUAGGGACAUCCACUGAUGUAGGAACAUAGGGCUUGUUAAUAGUCAGGUUCAGCCACAGGGUUAACUCAUGAAGAGCUGAGUUUUUAUGCUUUCCUAAGUUACUUGUGGCCUGUAGAGAAGUGCUUCGAAAUUUUGCUUCCUACUUGAACUAGAAUUGACCUGAUCUUUAAUAGUUGUUUCAGUUUACCUCAGAUGUAACAGCUAUUUCAGCCUUCUCUGAUAUUUAAAUGCAUUUGAUGCUUUCUGUAUGAGUCCCUUCUAUAGCCUGCAUUUGCAUUGGCCAGCUUUGCUGACAAAACUAAGAAGAAAAGUAAAAUCCAAAGCUUAGGCAAUGAGUUUAGUUUUUUUAAAAGGUUCUUUAGAGGAUCAAAGUGAUAGAACAGCCCUAAUGAAAGGCAAGCAGGCGGCUGGGCCUUAGAUGAACAAGGCCUUUGAAUGCUCAAACGCUUUUCGCGAAGGUCCUGCCCGGUUUUCCCCUUGACAUUAAAGCUGUAAAUGACAAUGAGAGAAGAGAGUACCUAACCUUCAAAUCUCACAAGCCCCAAGACCUGCCAGGAGGCUGUUCACAGACCUCAUAUGCAGGCCUGACCCUGAGUCUACCUUUUCCUCUGUCUGCAGGGCUGCUCGAGGGGUUCCUCCAUAGCUGAAGCUGAUCUUCUCUCUAAGAGCAGAUAGAAGCAGCAAGAGGGAAAACAGCAAAUUUCUGUUAAUUUUUACUGAGUUUGGAGGGAAGCCUAUUAAGCAGGGAAUGGGCAUCAGGUAGAUUUACAUGAGGUGGGAAGAGCAUGUCAUAUUGCCACCACUUUGUUCUUCCCCAGUUGCAAUGUCCUCUCUGGCAGCAGCAGGACAGCUUCUAGUUUCAGGCACUAGCUUGGGACUAUAUCAGGCAAGGGGAAGAGUCAGCAAAAUGGCAGCAGCAGGCUGUGUGCUAUGGGGAAAGCCAGCCACAGGGACUCCAUAGUUCUCCUCUUGCUAGCCCAGUCUGUAGUAGUAUUUAUUUACUUUACUUGCUGUACUGCCAGAGGAGCUGAAGAACAUUAUGGGAGACCUUGGCCUUUUGAGGGAGGCUUGCUGAAUGCUUGUCAACAGCAAUGCAAAGGCACAACCAUCUAGACAAGAGUUAUAAUAAGGGGGAGCUUGGGAUGUUCUCCAGAAAAGGAGCUGUUGGGCUCCUUAGGACUUACCGGCAGAGCUGAGGGACAGCACAUGCUCCGCAGCCUCAGAAGGUCACCAAACUUCCCUAACUUAGGGUCACUGUAUUAUUCAUCAAGCUAUUCGUGCAUUGAUCUGUUACCUGGCUUUUGAAAUCUCGUAGUGAUACUGAGUCAGGCUGCAGGUAAUCAGUUUUUCUCUUUGGUGUUACCCUAAAAAUAGUCAGUCUCUCCCCCUCUCUUUAAAAACAAGUUACUAGUAAUUACUCAAAGAUGAUAUGAUGGUUGCACUGAUCUGAUUAGUGCUCCAUUAUUCUUCCCAUACCAAGAAAGGGCACGCGGAUUACAUGCUACAUCAGCAUCCACACAGCUUUCUUAGAUGAAGCAAAAAAGCGUAAUUACAAUAAGAAAAAAAUUGGACAAACUAAAAAGCUACCACAUGGUUAUUUUUAGCUUUUACAUAAGUGGACAUUUAAUAAUGCAACUGUAAUGCAUUCCCUUCCGUGGCUUUUCCACCCAGUUGGUGAUUUGACAGAAACAUGCACAACUCUGACUGAUCCUGACAGUUAGCCCCUUCAUCUUGUAAUUUACAAAGAGAGAUCAUUUUUUGCUCUAAUAGCACUAACGGUCUAGCUAGUCAACUAAUGAGAUUGCAUGUGCACUUUGGAAAAUCACCUGCCCCUUACUUGUGAACAUCCAAAUAAAGCAGAAAAUGUAGUCACCAAUUUCUGUGCUCCUGCACUUUAAAAAUGUCUUUCUAUUCAGAUAAUCAGGAUUCAUAGUAGAGAGGAUAUCUUUUAUUAGACCAUCUAUUUAUUACUGUUGGUCUAAUAAAAGAUAUAAUCUCUGCUAUGAGUCCUGAUUGCCUUCUCCUCUAGACCAAUACAGCUACAACCUGGAUACCUUCCUAUUAAGAUGCUAUUCUUGCUAAUAGCUACUCUACAUGCUUUGAGUAGCUACAUACAAGACAAACUACAUACUUUGUUUCAAGAAGCUAAAGCUUUUCCUACCUAGAAUUAGAUCAGAAAAUAAUCUACCAUAGGGCUAUAACAGUAUUCCAUAGCAUUACAUGGUUUUGUCAUCAAAAUUUAACAUUGAUAUAAGAGACGCCCACUUUGAGAGUUGCAGGCAGUUCCCAAAUGGGUUGAGCAGAUAAGUAGCUAGGAAUAUGGAAAUCAGAAAUGGGGAUAAGAGAAAAAACAUAUAUAUGGCUUUCCACACAGCCAAUCAGCCUAUACAUUUUUUCGUUUGGAUAACACACAGCCGUCUUGUGUUGGUUUAUAUUAGCAGCUGCCAUUUUGUUUCUCUUUGAACUUCAGCAGAAAAGAAAUGCCCCCCAAAAGACCCAAAUCUGCAAACACUGCAGAUAGAUAUCCUUACUCAUGUGGCAUGUUUGUAAAGUUGCUCACAAGCUUUGUGGGGUUAUCUGUAUUAAAAUAUACUUUUUUCUAAAAAAGUAUUUGGUCUAUUCAGUGUCUUGCAAAAGUGUAGCUAUCAGCAGGACAGUGAGAAGGAUGUCUCUGAGAGCUCUGCAAACAUCACUAUUGUAAGGUAUGUUGGUAGGGUAGGGCAGCACUUUAAAGACUAACUCAUUCAGAAAUACAUAAGGUUUUGUAGGCUACAGCCUACUUCAUAUAAUUCAGUAGAAACAUUUACUUGGCAGCUCUACAACUAAAGAAAAUGUCCUCAGACUGAGAUUGCGUGGAUGAAUUGGAAUGGGUAGGAUUGUACUCACUGCACAAUAUCUAAUUGUUCUCAAAUGGCUCAGGGGUUGGAAAUGGGAUCCAGAGCCUUUCACCUCUCGAGCCUUGUUUGUGUGUCUGGCUCAGAUCAGCAGUGGCUGAAAGUUGGCUACUACCUGGUGGAUGUCCUCGGCUCAGUGAGCUGUGCAUGAUGAGCUGGCAGUAUCCGUCCAGCUCCUAAAUCACCAUCCUACCUGGCAGGCUCGGGGUUGAAAGGGCUAUGGAGAAUGGAAUAAAUAGUCUGUCACCAUAGAGGUGUUGCUUCCAGAAUAAAGUUGCAGCCCACUGAAACAGCAGUGUGGGAAUCGUGCCCUCUCAUAUUGACAGCUUUGAGGCUUGUAAAUCUGGCACCUUUCUUCAGCACUGCAUUUACUCAGAUUUAAAUAAAAACUUAAAGAACUUG